UGAAUGAUCCGAUAAUGAUCAAUCAACAACCUCAACAUCAACCUCAGCAACAACAUUAUUUACCUGAUCAUUUUUCAAAUACGGAAAAUUCAUUUAACACAAUGUUACCAUCAAUGACUUGUUGUCCACCACAAUUAUCAAUCAAUUCAUCAUCAUCAUCAUCAUCGACGACAUCGACAUUGAUUUCAUCAACACCACCACCAACAACAACCUCAGCAACUGAUAAUAAUCCAUUAUUAUCGACAAUAAUUAUGAAAAAUGAACCUAUUAACACUGUUGACCUAGCUACUGAAUUUAUAUCAUCAUCAUCAAUCAUCAAUGAUAAUUCAUCAAAUAUUAAUAAUAAUCUACCUCAACAACCACCACCACCAUCUCUAACAGCACAACUACCACCACCGCAAGCACCACAAUCAGAUAAUUUUGCCUGGAUUACAAAGGAUAAAAAAAUGACCCGUAAACAACAGCAUCAAGGUGAAUCAAGUACACCAAGAAGAUUACGUACAGCAUAUACAAAUACACAAUUAUUAGAAUUGGAAAAAGAAUUUCAUUAUAAUAAAUAUCUUUGUCGACCACGUAGGAUUGAAAUAGCUGCAUCAUUAGAUCUGACUGAACGACAGGUGAAAGUUUGGUUUCAAAAUCGAAGAAUGAAAUAUAAACGACAAAAUAAUACUGCAUAUCAUCUUCCGCCACCACCAUCUGCACCACCACAAAUCAAUCAAAAUGGCCAUCAUCAUCCGACGGAACAGCAAUUAUAUUUUGAAUCUGAUUUACAAUUUCAGAAUAACGAACAACAACAACAACAAUCGAUAAUAAAAUCGGAAUGUUUUUCACCAUCAUGUGAAUCAACCAAAUCAAUUUCAUAUGAUGAUUCUUGUUCCACAACAGCAACAGCAGCGACAUUUAACAAUCCAAAUCAAAAUAUUGAUAAUGAUUAUAGCGCAUCAACAUUAUCAACAACAACAACAAAUUCUCAUCAUACAAACAACUGUGAUCAAUUAUUAUCCUAUCCAGUGGUAGCUGCUGCUGGUGGCGCCACCACCGUAACAUCAAAAUUAUCAUCAUUAUCACCUUGUCCAAAUCAAUAUGAUGAUUCUUCAUAUGUAAAUCAUUCUGUUCAUAAUAAUCAUCAUUUAUCAUCAUCAAAUUAUCAAAAUUCUGAUCUAAAUCAUCAACAGAAUAAUGGUGGUGGUAGUUGUUCAUUAUAUGAUCAAUAUAAUUACCAGAAUUAUAACAAUUCUGAUUCCAUAAAAUAUCCAAAUAAUAUUGUAAUGAAUCAAUAUAAUCAAUAUAAUUAUUCUGAUCAUCAUCAUCAUCGUAUUCCAUCAGAAUAUUCUGCAACAUCAUUAAAACAACAACAACAAGAAUCCAAUAGUAAUUCAAUGACAGCAAAUCAAUAUCAUCAUCAACAACAACAUGGUUAUCAUGAAAAUUCUUCUUCAUAUUAUCCUGAUUCAACCAGUGCAUCAUCGAUAGGUUUAGCAUCAUCACCAAAUAGUAUUCAAACAUCAUCUGCAUCCGCAUCUGCAUCAUUUUUACAGCAAAAUAAUCAAAUAAUAGGAUCACAAUAUGAACAACAAUAUGGACAUCAUCUUCAACAACAAUAUUGUGAUCAAUCAUCAUAUACAAUCAAUCAUCAUCCAACAAUAACAACACCGGAUUGA